AGACCUUAGCUCCGGGCGGGCGGCGGCUGCUGCAGCGGCACCCGGGAGCGGGGCCCGGCGCCGCCCGGGCCGCGGGGCGAUGUGAGCCCCGGGUGUGUCCCAGAGGGAUCCAGGUGACUUCUCUGCAGACUGCUUGCCAUGACGCCCCACCAAGAACAGGGGGACUAAAGUGGGGGUCCUUCCCCAUGCCCCUCCCAGAGUCAGUUUCCCGAUGGCCUAGGUGAGGGCGGGCUGGCUGCUCUGACACCAUGGGGAGCUGCUGCAGCUGCCUGAAUAGAGACAGCAUCCCAGACAACCACCCCACCAAGUUCAAGGUACCCACAGCCCCUCCUCUCCUGAGUGCCCAACAGGGCCUGCUGGUCUCUGGCCCUGAGCGGUGGCGUUGUCUCGGCCUCCCUCGAGAAGGGGGAAGGACAGGCUGAGGCGAGGGAGGGCUCGUUAAGACUUCCUGAGAUCAGGCCUCUGAGGUGGCCUGAGGAAAAGGAGGCCAGGCCCUGUUGUGUGUUUGGCUCUUGGCGCCACCAAGAGGGAAGAAAUGCCGUAAACAGGAGCAAAGGUGGUGCUUUUAGAUCAUUCGGUCCUCUCAGCAUAUCUCCGUAACGUUACACGUAACUCUUUUGGACAAAACAACAAAAGCCUGCACUGGUGAGUUAAUAUGUGUAAAGUAUUAAGACGGUGCUUGGCACAUGGCAGCCGCUACGUUAGUGUUGCUGAGAAGGCCAGGCCCAAUGGACCUGCGCCCCCUGUCCCCCCACCUUUCAGGUGGUGGAGCCCCUCCUGUGGAGGCAUGGUUUCUCCUGCUCACCACAAGAGGGCGCCCUCAGCAAGGCCCUAGCGUUGGGGGGGCGGUGGAGGCAGUCUGUAUUUGUUCUGCCUUGGGCUUCUCUCUCCCGGGGUCUGGAGAUUUUGAACUUACAAUCGAACACCUUCUUCCAUUAACAUCGGGUCCUUGGAUACUAAGCCAUGGACCACCUGACUAACCUUGGUCGUCCAACCGUCUUGACUAUGGAGGUUAACGAACCACCCCUCCACUCACUGUGCAAAUGGCAAACCGAGGCCUAGAGAACUGUUGUGGGUCAGUGGCACUGAGUAAUCAUGUGGCUGGCGUUCCGGAGAGGCUGUGGUGAGUCAGGUGACGAAUGUGGAUGAUGAGGGGGUGGAGCUGGGCUCCGGGGUGAUGGAGCUGACACAGAGCGAGCUGGUGCUGCACCUGCAUCGGCGGGAGGCUGUCCGCUGGCCGUACCUUUGCCUGCGACGCUAUGGCUAUGAUUCCAACCUCUUCUCCUUUGAGAGUGGCCGUCGGUGUCAGACGGGCCAGGGGAUAUUUGCAUUCAAGUGCUCCCGGGCCGAGGAGAUCUUCAACCUCCUUCAGGAUCUGAUGCAGUGCAACAGCAUCAACGUGAUGGAAGAGCCAGUCAUCAUCACCCGCAACAGCCACCCGGCCGAGCUCGACCUCCCGAGGGCCCCACAGCCUCCCAACGCCCUAGGCUACAGUGUCUCCAGCUUCUCCAACGGCUUCCCUGGAUGCCCAGGAGAGGGCCCCAGAUUCUCGGCACCCCGGCGCCCCUCCACAAGCAGCCUUCGACACCCCUCACUGGGAGAGGAGUCCACCCACGCCCUCAUUGCCCCUGAUGAGCAGUCCCACACUUACGUCAACACGCCGGCCAGCGAGGAUGACCCCCGCCGGAGCCGGCACUGCCUGCAGCCGCUGCCCGAGGGGCGGGCACCCUUCCCCCCGCGGGCCGCGGGCCCUGACCAGCGGGACCCGCAGGUGUUCUGGCAGCCGGGCCAGGUGAAGUUCGUGUUGGGUCCCACGCCUGCGCGGCGGCACAUGAUGAAGUGCCAGGGCGUCUGCCCCAGCCUUCGUGACGCCGCUCACCACAACAACAACGAGGGCCCUUCCGAGUGCCCGGCCCAGCCCAAGUGCACCUACGAGAAUGUCAGCGGGGGGCUGAGGCCGGGGGCCAGCUGGAGACUGAGCCCCGAGGAGCCAGGCUGGAACGGCCUUGCCCACCGCCGGGCUGCCCUGCUGCACUACGAGAACCUGCCCUCCCUGCCCCCCGUGUGGGAGAGCCAUGCCCAGCACCCGGGGGAGGAGGCCGGGGAUGACGGGGACUCCAGGGACGGGCUCACACCCUCCUCCAAUGGCUUCCCUGACGGCGAGGAGGACGAGACGCCCCUGCAGAAGCCCGCCAGCACCCGUGCCGCCCUCCGCAGCCACAGCAGCUUCCCCGUGCCGCUGACGCGCUGCCGGGGCUCCCCACGCGUCUUCAACUUCGAUUUCCGCCGGCCGGGCCCCGAGCCGCCGAGGCAGCUCAACUACAUCCAGGUGGAGCUGAAGGGCUGGGGUGGAGACCGCCCCAAGGGGCCCCAGAACCCCACGGCCCCCCAGACCCCCCUGCCCACCACCCACCCUGCCCGCAGCUCAGACUCCUACGCCGUGAUUGACCUCAAAAAGACCGCGGCCAUGUCCAACCUGCAGAGGGCUCUGCCCCGGGACGAUGGCACCGCCCGGAAAACCCGGCACAACAGCACUGACCUGCCCCUGUAGGGGCCUCCUGCUCCGCCCACGCCGUCCUCCGAACCCACACACCAGGGCUCAGGGGUGCUCUGCAGAAGGCACUGAGGUGAGGCCAGAUGCCUCCCUACGCUGGCCAGAGUCCCCACAGACACCAGCCACUGAGUGGCCCGGUCUCCCAGCGGGGAGAGGAGGUGGCCAGGUGAGGAGGGAGCCGCGAUGGAAACUGUGAAGGGCCCUGUGACUGCAUUUAGCGCCCUCCCUUACGUCCAUUUGUCUUGUCUGUCAUCUGUGUAUUUUUUUGGUUGAAAUUUUGAAACAUUUUGUA